UCACGUGAUUAAAGGUCAAACGUUUCGCGGGGAAGAAACAUGGCGAACGAGAUGACAUCUGCAGCGCCGGACUCGGUGCAAUGUCCCGUUUGUUUUAAAGACUUUAAGUCGGCCACAAUUAACGGACACCUCGACGUAUGUCUGCUGAAAGGCGUCACCGAUACCAGCCUGUCCACAACGACAGAGGAGAGCGGACCUCCUUUAAAGAAACCGCGUAUUACUGCGGAGGCUGUACCGCCCAGCCCCGGUGGUGUCAACAAACCUGGGGCAGGAGCAGGGGCGACGUUUCCUCUGUUUCAAACCAACAAGAGUAAAGUUUCAGCUCAAAGUGAACGGAAUGGUUUGUUUAUCAGUAAACAAAAUGCCACCACUGCUGGCAACAAGGGGGGUAAACGUAGUGUAGUAUAUGAGGCUGAACAAGGGCCAGCAGGGUCAGAGAACCAGAGGAGCCAAACAUUUGUGUCCAACGGACAGAUGCUGAACACAACACCUGGUUUAUCACCGCGGACACUGCUGACGAUGGUCAAACCAUUGGCGGACAUGCUGCGACCAAACACGCUGGAGGAAUACUUUGGUCAAAGUAAAGUUGUGGGCCAGCAAACGCUCCUCCGAUCACUUCUGGACUCGCAGGAGAUACCGUCUCUGAUCCUCUGGGGACCACCGGGAUGCGGAAAGACCACUCUAGCUCACAUAAUUGCCAGCACCAAUAAGAAGAACGGCACGGCUCGUUUUGUCCCUCUGUCCGCGACCAGUGCGUCCACCAACGAAGUCCGAGAGGUGAUCAAGCAGGCGCAGAACGAGCUCCGAUUGUGCAAGAGGAAGACCAUCCUGUUCAUUGAUGAAAUUCACCGCUUCAACAAAUCCCAACAGGACACCUUCCUUCCUCACGUGGAGUGUGGGACAGUAACGCUGAUCGGAGCGACUACGGAGAAUCCGUCCUUCCAGGUGAACGCUGCCCUGCUGAGCAGGUGCAGGGUGCUGGUACUGGAGAAGCUCUCCGUGGAGGCGAUGGGCUUGAUCCUGGACAGGGCUGUGGCCACACUCGGGAUCAGGGUCCUGGGGCAAGAUCCGGCAAAUCCCAAAGAUCAAGACCAGACAGAUGGACAUGAGCCAAAGAUUUACAUUGAGCAAAAAGCUCUGGACACUAUAGCCUACCUUUGUGAUGGUGAUGCAAGAACAGGACUCAAUAGUCUGCAGCUGGCUGUUCAAGCUCAGGUGAGCUCGACUCGGCAAAACCUGUUAGCGCAAGACGGUUCUCCUCAAGAGAUACUGGUGAAGGAGGAGCAUGUCAAGGAGGGUCUUCAGAGGUCCCAUAUUCUCUAUGAUAGAGCUGGUGAAGAGCAUUACAACUGUAUCUCAGCAUUGCAUAAGUCUCUGAGAGGCUCCCAUGAGAAUGCUGCUUUGUACUGGCUGGGCCGCAUGCUGGAGGGCGGUGAGGAUCCCCUCUAUGUGGCCCGCAGACUGGUCCGCUUUGCCAGUGAGGAUGUCGGUAUGGCAGAUCCCUCCGCUCUCCCUCAGGCUGUGUCUGCUUUCCAGGCCUGUCACUUCAUCGGGAUGCCUGAAUGUGAGGUGAUCCUGGCUCAGUGUGUGGUGUAUCUGGCACGAGCACCAAAGUCUGUGGACGUCUACAAGGCCUAUGCUAACGUAAAGGCCUGUUUGAGGAACCACAAAGGCCCCCUGCCUCCAGUCCCUCUGCACCUCCGCAACGCCCCCACAAAGCUAAUGAAGCAACUGGGCUAUGCUAAAGGGUACAAAUACAACCCAGCCUUCAGUGCCCCUGUAGAGCAGGAGUACUUACCCGAGGAGCUGCGGGGCAUCGACUUCUUCACCUGGACGCCCACAGACUCAUGAGUGUCUCUUGUAACAAUUCACGCCACAUAAUGUAUAGUCUAAAAUCAAGCCUGCGGAAUGAGUACAGUCUUUUGACAUUAACAAUAAUGGAACUGUGUCCCGUCUUUGUAAAAAUUUCAUACAUUGUUUAAAUUGAUUUUUUUUGUUAUCAGUAUUGAGUCACCCUUUUGAUGAAACACAAAACAAAUAAUUUCAUUAUACAGUUUAUUAUUCAGUCACUUCUUCAGUUAUGGAAGCUUCUUCAGUUCUGAGCCAUGGUCUGCAAG